AUCUAGGCGGGAAGCGCCAAAUAUUUUCCCUCAACCUAAAAGUAUCAUUCCCCAGAUAAUCCGCAGUUAUAUUUCAUAUUUUUAUUUUUUAUCCUUUGUCUUUCUCUGCCAAAAACUGGUUGCUCUUCGAACGAUGGCUGAAGCUCGCCGACGCCCGCCGGCGGUGGGCGCAACUGUCCAAAACGACGAGGGUAUGGAAGUAUCAGAGUCAUGUUCGACGACGAUGGACGUCGAAGCCAUCCGCGAGAAGCUCCGUCAGCGAUGGGAGUUGGCCUCAGUUCUCAACUUCCUCCAAGUAUUUGAGCCAGUUAUUGAGAGUGAUCUGAAGAUAACCGCUGAAGAUGUAGAGACAGCACUUAUUGAGCAGAAUGAUACACUUGCUCAGAUUCAUAUAGCUCUUUUGAAGACUUUAUGCUUCAAGAGUCGUGUUAUUAGACUUGCUGAUAUACUUUGGUUGGAUUGUGUGGGUAAGAUUUCACCAGGAAUUGUCUCGAAGAGAAAAAUGCCGAUGAGCACUGGUGAUUGGAUAGUCACUCUCAGCAGGACACUUUCAGCAUGGUGGCCUUGGGUUGCCACUGGGGAGUUCCCUUUAAAUGGAGCCAAAGGGAAGGAGAUAUCUGUCUAUAGGGAUCUUGAAGCAACAACCCGCCUUCUAAUACUAAAAGCUCUUUGCGAAGUUCGAGUUGAUCAAUAUGAUUCAGGGUCUUAUGUCAAUGAGGCAAUGAAAGAAAAUUGUGAAAUUUCAACUUUCCGAAAGUACAAGCUUGCUGAUGAUGGAAGUGGAAUUUACUUCUGGUAUGACGGAAAUGAAACUAUUGGUCACAGAUUAUAUAAAGAAGUUCAAGUCUUUGAAAAUGAGGGUAUUGGUAAGGGUGCUGUGCAAGUAAUCCUCUCUCAAUGGGAGACCCUGGCGACAAAUCUCGAAGAAUUCAAAAAGAUUGUGAGUGAUUUUUCAUCUAGUGGAGUUGCAUUAGAGGUUGCAGUCAGCAAGCGUCUUAACGUUGAUGUUAUUCCUGUUCUUGAAAGGCAAUGGAAUAAAAAGACGAGGGCAAUGCACCAGAAGCAAAGAGAACAGAUGCUCCUGAAUGGUUUUCGAAAUCAUUAUGACCGAUCCAUUUCAGAGGCCAUACAAUAUGCAAACAAAAGGAAGACGAGGGCCGAGAAAACACAAGAUGAGAAACUCAACCCGAGAAAAAAGGGAACUGCCUCAAACGAAUUCAACAAUUCAGGCACUACUUCAUUUGAUGGUGAAUCCAAUGAGAGCAACACCUGCAGAAAUAGUCAUCGAGGGGAAGACAGAUCUGAUGAGUCCAGCCAUGAUGAAUAUGACAAUGAAAAGGAAGAACAUGACAUUGGUGACAUCACUGACCAGGAAAAUGUUCACUCCAAAAAACAAAUCAAGCAGAUAGUCAAAAGGCCAGGAUCCCAUUUCAGCAAGAGGCUAGCUGGGAUUCCUGCCCACACCAUCUCGGAAAGCAUCAACUUAGGUGCGAAAAACAGGCUGAGGCAAAGGCCUUCCGUUAAUACUGCUCUUGAGCCUGCUGUGGUUCCUGAUUCAGAAGACGAAAGCUUGUGAUGGCGACACGAGGUGAAGCUUCUAGAAACUGACUGUGAAUGGUUAUACAGAUAAGUUUGAAAAAAGUUCAUGCUUAAAGACAUUUCUGAUGCCAUUAGCAAGUGAACUGGGUUUUUUUGAUGGAUUCUGUAUAAAGUGAUUACUUUCACCUUUUUUUGGUGUUGAACCCUGAUGCUGUGACUGCAAUUGUUAUGAUUUUCGACUGCUUGUAGUAAAUGGUGCCAUUAGUGUGAUUAGUAGAUAUCAAGUCUAUUGAUGGCUACUUUUAAGUUUUCUUGCAAUCCUCCAUCUUUUUAGUA